AUGGCUGAGCACGAGGACGAGGAGGCUGCCGAGAAACGUAGGCAGCAAGAGCCCGAAGUCGACGAGGACGGCUUCACGGUGGUUCGUGGUACUGGUGUCACCCGCUCUGCAGACGGCCUUGCGGUUAAGGGCUACAGAGUCCCAACUGCAGCAACAACAGCCGUGGACUACGGCGAGCUUUUCGGAGGUAUCGGGCAUGGAGCGAGUCAGCAGCGAAAACUGGAGAAGAAGAGGGCGAAGAAAAUGCAGGUAAUGGACUUCUAUCGAUUCCAGCAUAGAGAGAGGAAGAGAGCCGAGUUCAUAGAGGAGCAGAAGAGGAACACUCAGGAUCAGGAGACCGUCUCUGCGAUGAAGAAGAGACGUCUCUUCGAGAUUAAAUGA